AUGUCCCCCAUGGCUGAUAGCACCAAUGAUGAGCUGCCUCUGGACCUGGGCAUGUGCCAGGCCUUCCUCACCACUGUGACCACCCAGCUGGAGCCUCCCUCCCCCACCAGCAGGACCACCACCUCCAAGGGCAGCCGUGGCUCAGGCAGCCUGGUGCCACAGGAGGUCAUACCAGAGCUGAACAAGGCCACCUCACCUCUGUCCACAGCAGCCAGCAUCUCUCAGGACACAGUCAACCCUGCAAAGCUGCCAACAGCCUCAGCCAGCCCCAUUGCUGGUCUCCUCAAGGACACUCCCUACGCAGCCACAGAGGGAGCCAGGGUGGCAGCACCACUGUCUGCAGACCCCUCAAAGGCAUCCUUGGCAAAGGUCACCUUUUCUUCUGCUGUGCUUGGCAUGGGAGAGGCUACAGAGCCAGCGACACGUGCCUUAUCCAGUGUCAGCCACGAUGCCUCACAAGAUCCCCCUGUGCCCCCUGCUCAGUCUCCUGCAGCCUUUUCGCUCCAGCUCCCUGCUGCUGCUGUGCUGGGCACAGGAGAGACACUUCCUGCCAGCCACAUCAGUGCCUCUGGUGCUUCUGGAGACGGGCUGCAUGGAGCCAAUGCUGUCACCCACUCGCAGGCCACUGCACUCGCUCCGGGCACAUCACGUGUGGCAAUGGAUGUCACCAGUGCAGAGCAUGUCCACACCACAUCAUUCCCAGCUCUGGGAAGCACGUACGCUGAACUGGUGUCUAUCAGGAGGACUGGUGAAGCAAAGACAGAUGGAGCCUCUCAAGCUGCAGCUGCACCAACAUCUCCUGAUGUGUAUGGCAUCAUGACUGAGCCAGCUGCCCAUCCAUCCUCCCUUGUUAGCAGUGCUUCAGAUAGUGAAAUAGGAAUGGAAACAGCACCACUGGCCAGCGGCAAUACCACCACAACAGCAGUGGGGAUGUCCCUAGUGUCCCUGGCCACCCCACCACCAACGGAUGCUUCAGAUGACCCUCUCCUCAAUGGCAGCGCCAUAGGGCAAGCAGUGGGGACAGCAUCAUUGGAGGUGGACAUGGAGGAGAAUCCAGGUACCAAUGCAGCAGGGCCAGGUCCCAGACGUGUAAUUGGCAGCACCAGGUCAUCACCAGAGCCAGCUCCCCGAGGGACCAAUGCUUCUGAAACGAGGCCCCCAACCGAUUUGCCUCUCCUGGCACCCAGAAAGAGCCACUCGGCCCCACUAGUGAUGGCUAGCACCAGCCCAGCACUCGCCAUGGCCAACCCCUUCCCCAGUACCACCACUGGGAAGACGCCACAGCCAGUGACAUCCCUGCCUCCCAAAAAUGCAGCUGUGGAAGGAGAUGAGGGCAGGUCCCAGGAAGCAGGAGAUGGCAGCACCACACAGGAAGUGCUGGGCUCAGCUCCAGUUGUGAAUGCAAGGGUGGGUGCUGUGACAGAGAGCCCCCACAGUGAUGACACUGCCCUGGGGACAGCCUCACCACUGUCAUCCCCUACCACGGCGAGUUUUGAGGCUCAGCCAACUGCUGCUGCAUGGGACCACAGCUAUUCCUCUGCUGACUCCACUGUGGACACAGAAAAAGGCAUGGGCUUGGACAUGGGCACAGCCUCUCCCACCAUGGGGAAUGAGGCAGCAGGACUGCCCCUGGGGAUGCCCACUUCUAGGGCUAGGAUGGCUGAGCCAGACACUGGUGAUGCCAUCCCAUCAACACACUCAGCCCUGGGCAGCAAAAAUCCUAUGGCAUUGUCUGUCAUGGGCAUGAUGUCACCCACAGCUGUGGAUCCAGUUAUUGCACUUUCUUCUGGCCUCAUUCACAGCACUGCUGAUCCAGAUGUCACUGUGUCUCCUCCUGUCCCUAGGAAUACCUACCCAGUGGUGAAAGCACUCUCGGUCACCCCCAGAACCACCGUCAUUCAUUCAGCAGUGGGAGCAGGUGAUGUCAGUCUCAGCUGGGUCACAACACCCCUCUCUGUUUUCCCCAGCAGUGCCUCCUCUCCACCCAGUCCCCAUGUCACUCUGAGGCCACCCUCCGAGGCCUCCCAUGCCACCCACAACCCGGACUCAACAGCUCUCAGCCCAGUCACUCAAGAUGAGCCCAUAGCUGAGGCCACCUCACUGGCUGCUGGUUACACGUGGAAGACUACAGCUGCAUCUCAGUCAGAUGCCAGAGGUGCCACCACAUGGGUGGACACCACCCCCUCUGAGAGUAGUGUCGAGGGUGCAGCACCCUCAGCCAGCACCAGUAGCACCCAUGUGCCCAUCUCAAACCAUGCUGGGACAAGCACAGCCACCACAAUAGCUGCCACCAUGUUCCCCAGUGACACCAUCCCACCACUCACAUCAGCCAGUGAGACCUCCAUGCUCACCAGUGCCAACACAGCCGUGCCAUCUGCCACGAUGAAGGCCAUCAUCACCAGCAGUGUCCUGUCCCUUGCUGGGACACAGAAGGCAGGUGGAGGCAGGCAACCUGUCCCAUCCCCAGCAGCACAUACCACCUUGGCGGGCACAGCAGCUGAGUCCUGGGGCAUCCUCGGUCCCAGCCCUGCCACCACACUGCCUAGCUCAACCCUCCUGAGCCUGCACAGCCCAGCGAAGAAGCCUGCAACAGCCUCCUCAUCCCUGCUUGGUGUUAGCGCAGCUGGGCAGCUGGCAGAUGGACAGACCUACACCGAGCUGACAACAGGCACCACUCCUACAACCAGCAGCAGCCACACCAUGAGACGGGCAGCAAGCAUGUCAGCUCCCAGCUUCUGGGUGUCGAUAGGGUCACCUGCCUGGGGAGAGAGAACAGCCACCACUGCAGGCAUCACCACAGGCAUCACCACAGGCAGCACUGCAGACAGCACCGCAGGCAGCACCACCACGAUCACUGCAGGCAGCACCACAGCCAUCACCACAGGCAGUACCACAGGCAGCACUUCAGGCAGCACCACCACCAUGACUGCAGGCAGCACUGCAAGGAGCAGCACCACUGCCAGCACUGCAGGCAGUGCUGCAGGCAGCACCACAGGCAACACCACAGCCAGCACUGCAAGGAGCACCAUGGCCAGCACUGCAGCCAGCACUAUGGCUGCCACUGCAGGCAGCACCAGAGCCAGAACUGUAGCCAGCACUAUGGUUGCCACUGCAGGGAGCACCACAGCCAGCACUGCAGCCAGCACUGCAAGGAGCACCAUGGCUGUCACUGCAGGCAUCACCACAGCCAGCACUGCAGGCAGAACCACAGCCAGAACUGCACCCAGCACUAUGGCUGCCACUGCAGGCAGCACCACUGCCAGCACUGAAGGCAGUGCUGCAGGCAACACCACAGCCAGCACUGCAGCCAGCACUGCAAGGAGCACCAUGGCUGUCACUGCAGGCAUCACCACAGCCAGCACUGCAGGCAGAACCACAGCCAGAACUGCACGCAGCAGUAUGGCUGCCACUGCAGGCAGCACCACAGCCAGCACUGCAGCCAGCACCACUGCCAGCACUGCAGGCAGUGCUGCAGGCAGCACCACAGGCAACACCACAGCCAGCACUGCAAGGAGCACCAUGGCCAGCACUACAGGCAGCACUGCAGGCAGCACCACAGCCAGAACUGUAGCCAGCACUAUGGUUGCCACUGCAGGGAGCACCACAGCCAGCACUGCAGGCAGUGCCACAGGCAGCACCACAGGCAACACCACAGCCAGCACUGCAGCCAGCACUAUGGCUGCCACUGCAGGCAAUACCACAGCCAGCACUGCAAGGAGCACCAUGGCUGUCACUGCAGGCAGCACCACAGCCAGCACUGCAGGCAGCACUAUAGUUGCCACUGCAGGCAGCACCACAGCCAGCCCUGUAGGCAGCAACACCACCAGCGCUGCAGGCAGUGCCACAGGCAGCACCGCAGGCAAUACCACAGCCAGCACUGCAAGGAGCACCAUGGCUGUCACUGCAGGCAGCACCACAGCCAGCACUGCAGGCAGCAUUGCAGCUGUUUCUCCCACAGCCCCAGCAAGUCCAGCUAAGGAGGUGGCCACAGGCACCAUGACACCAGACAGUCUAUGGACAAAUGCCAGCCCUGCCACCACCCUGACUCCUACUUUUGGGACACAGAGAGGAUUGGCCACAGCACCAAUCACAUCUGCCUACACCACCACUGUCCACAGAAACCCUUUCCCUGAGUCCCCACCCACUCGUGGGCUUAUCAUGCCCGCAGCCUCACUCUACCCCUUCGGCACAGAGGAAGGAGACCAGGAGUGUGUCCAGAGGAUGGUGGAUUUUAACUGCCCCCUGCUCAAGCCAGAGAUUGGGUUCCCCUUCGGGAAGUCGCUGCAGGACAUUCUUUAUUUUACAGAUAAUGGACAGAUCGUUUUCCCACCCACGGAGAACUACGUUCCCUCCAACCCCAACCCACCCCCCCAGGGCUUCAGUGGCCAAGAGGCUUUGCCGAUGGUGGCUGCUUUUUGGGAUGACGCAGAUUUCUCCAAGGGUGUUGGCACCACCUGGUACCAGGAAUACUCCACCCUCAGCUCUACCCAAAACCCCUUUGUCCAUGAUGUGGAAGGACAGAUUGAGAAAUACCUGAAAACCCCUUACGAAGCAAAAUGGACCUUGAAAGUGACUUGGGAAAAGGCUCCAGCAUACCCGUCCCAGUGGGAUGACACUCAGACAAACACCUACCAGGCAAUCCUCACCACUGAUGGGAACCUUUCCUUUGCCCUGUUGCUCUAUCAGGAUGGUGGGAUGCAAUGGAACUACACCAAGCUGGCUGCGGGCAACGUGCUGAUUGGCUUCUCCAGCGGUGACGGCUAUGCCCAAAAUAAUGAGCUGAUUCAUAAGCCACCAGCUGACAAGUACCGGCCUGACCAGCACAGCAGUGAUGGCAUCGGGCUGCGCGGGCUGUGGAUAUAUCGGCUGGACCGGCUCUCCCGGGUGAACUACCGGCUGCGGUGCCUGGCAUGGCUGGACGCAGAGCCAGAGCCAGGCACCUGGAACAGUCAGCUGCCACCGUGCCCCUGCUCCCAGUCCCAGGCAGAGCUGGACCCCCGCUACCGCCGGAGCAGAGGCCUGGCAGACACCUCUGUGAGAAUGCUACGUACCACGUCCCCCAGCCCUGCUGGAGCUGGGGUGCGGUGUCUGUACCAGGAUGGGAGCUUGCUUGAAGGCUGGCAGGAGAGAGCAUGGAGCCUCCCCAUCCACCCCACCACCGACAGGGAGCUGGAGGCCUUCAGCUGGUGCUGCCUACACGUCAGGAAGCCUCUGUUCUGCACCAGGUUUGCUGAGAAGAGACCAAGGGUUGGCUGUGAGGGAUAUAUGCCACCCACUCCCACUGGUGCCUUUGGGGAUCCCCACAUCACGACCCUGGAUGGACUCACCUACACCUUCAACGGUCUUGGGGACUUUGUCCUGCUGCUGGCCAGCGAUGCCCGGAGCAGCUUUGUGCUGCAUGGGCGCACAGCCCGAACUGGCAUGGCUCAGGCCACCAACUUUGUGGCCUUUGCUGCCCAGUACAUCUCCACCACCACCACAACAGUUGAGUGGACCUUGGGGAGCCAGGAUGACAUCCAAGUCCUCCUGAACAACAAAACCAUCCAGUUUUCCUAUUCCCAAGACAUGGAUGCCGAGGUGUACUAUAGUCCUGGCAUCCUGCUGGUCAACUCUUCCUCCUUCAUGGCUGUCUUUGAUGGGGCCAUUGCUGUCUCCAUCUCGGCCACCUCCAGGAUCCUCAGCAUGGUCUGCAGCCUGCUCAGUCAGUACCACAACAGCACCAAGGGCCUCCUAGGUGUGUGGGACCAGGACCCCACUGAUGACUUCCAGAUGCCGAAUGGUACUAGCAUCCCUGUGAACAGCAGCGAGGAGGAGAUCUACAGCUAUGGGAUGACCUGGGCUGUGGGAGAGCACAGCCUGUUUGCUCAGCCUCUGGACUCUCCAGAAAUGAACUUCUCGCCCACCUUCUUGUCUCGGCUGCGGCAGGAGAACGAAAGCCAGUACCAGCUGGCAGCUUUGCAGUGCCAUGACAACAAGGAGUGCAUCUAUGAUUCACUGAGCACAGGGGAUGUGGCCCUGGGCCUGGCCACCCAGAGACUUACAGCUGACUUCCAACAGAAGAAGACAACACUUAAUGCCUUCCCACCUAUCAUCACUGGUGAUGCAUCUCUCACAGCCUUCAGGACAGAAAGGGUCAGGAGGCAGUACCAUGCCACGGGGGAGGGUGCACGCUUUGUCCCCCACCUCUCACCAGAGCUCAACAUAUCAGAGAGUGGCAUCCUGACGUGGGAGCCCCAUGGGACAGCCCCACUCACCAUCAAUCUGAAGGCUGUUGGGUCCAACAACCUCUCUGCCCUCCUCCAGCUCCGCUUCACCCUUUGCAGCUGCAGCAGGAGCCAGGAGUGUGACUACAGCAACACUGUCACCCUUGGGCAAUCCUCCCUGCAGCUGGCAGCCUGCAGGUGUGAGGGUGGCUACUCAGGUCCCUUCUGCCAGAAUCUUCUGGACCCCUGCACCCAGGGAUGCUUCCCUGGUGUGAGCUGCAGUUCGUUCUCCGGCUGUGGCCCCUGCCCGCCCGGCCUGACCGGUGACGGGCGGCACUGCUCAGAUAUUGAUGAGUGCAUGGAGGGGACAGCAUGCCCAGGGAAUGCCACCUGCACCAACACAGUGGGCAGCUACAUCUGUACCUGCCCAGCUGACCAGGAAGGCAAAGGACCAGGCUGUGGCUCAGCCUGUGGCUCCCAGUCCUGCCCUGAUGGCUACUGUGGCAAUGGAGGACGCUGCCUCCUGCACCCCAUCACCUGCACCCCUGCCUGUGCCUGCCCUCCAGCUUUCACUGACCAGCGCUGCCUGGUGGCAGGGGGGGAUUUUCGGCCACUGCCCAGCUCAGAUCUCCCACUGAGAAGCGUCCGGCUGCGGGUCAGGACACUGCAAAAUGCCACAGCUGAGGAAUUCAGCGACACCGUCUCAACCAUCCUGGACUCCCUGGAAGUAAAAGCUUUCCAGAGCAACACCAACGUCACCAAGACGACAGAGAGUGACAGCUUCACUUUCGUGGUGGUGUCUGAGUUUGCCUAUGACAGCCGUGGCACUGUCAUCCAGUUCCUGAAUGAGGACCUGCCAGCAGCCAUCACCAGUGCCUUCAACAGGCAGCGGAGGCAGAGGGAGGCAGGUGCACGCCUCCUCUUCCAGCAUCUGCACUUGGACAGCAUCACCGACCUGGUGAAGUUGACAGUGACUGAGCUGAGACACUAUUUCCACUGUGGCCUGUAUGGCUACAAAGGCUACCAGCUCCACUACGUGAGGACUGUUGGCUUCAUCUGCAUCUCUCCUUGCAAGACAGGCUACUGCCAACAUGGUGGCCAGUGCCAGCACCUGCCUGAGGGACCCAUGUGCAGCUGCCUGCCCUUCUCCAUCUUCUCCCCCGCCGGCAGCCGGUGUGAGCGGCUGGGCAUCAGCCUCGGUGCUUUCCUUGGCAUCUUGCUGGGAGCCCUGGCUCUGCUCUGCCUCCUGCUCGCCGUCGCCUGCCUGGCUUUGCGCCUCUGCCGCCGGCACCGCUGCCAGUACUGGAGGGCCAAGGAGACCUUCUGGAGGCCACGGCCUUUCUCCUCUCUGACAAUGGCAGGAGAGCAAGAAGAGCCUAUCCAAUCCCACCUCCCAGAGAGGUGCUGGGAACCGUGGCUCCAGGCCAUCGACCCCUCAGUCCAGAUAAGGAUCCAGAGGCCCCACAUCAGAUCUACAAGCCAGCUCCACCAGCAGCCCUAG